CAUCGCGCCAUAUCCCCGCCAACUCUCCGCCGAAGCGCCUCAUACAGCGACCAAGGCUGUAUUCAGUAGACGCAGCCUCCCCACUGCCAGCGACAUAAUCUGAGCGGCCAAGGACGCGCGACCGCCACAGCAAUGGCUUCGCGACUGGUGCUGGUCCUAGGCGACCUCUUUAUACCAGACCGAGCAUCUGAUAUACCCGCAAAGUUCAAGAAGCUCCUCGCGCCCGGCAAGAUCGGCCAAAUCCUCUGUCUGGGCAACAUGACGGACCGCGAGACGUACGAGUUCUUGCGCGGCAUUGCGCCCGACCUCCAGAUUGUCAAAGGCGACUUUGACGUGGAAGCGCCCAAUCUAGCGCUGUCAAAAGUCGUCACACACGGAAGUCUGCGCAUAGGCUUUACCCACGGUCACACCAUCAUACCGCCGGGCGAUGGCGACAGUUUGCUUAUAGCGGCGCGUCAGAUGGACGUGGACGUGCUUUUGUGGGGAGGCACGCACAAGUUCGAGGCGUACGAGAUGGAGGGCAAGUUUUUUGUAAACCCGGGCAGUGCGACAGGGGCCAUGUGCACCGGUUGGUGGACCGAGGAAGAGGAUCCUACGCCGAGUUUUGUCUUGAUGGAUGUGCAAGGUGACGUACUCGUCCUGUACGUCUACCAACUACGGAAAGACGCCGAGGGCAACGAGAACGUCGCGGUGGAGAAGGUUUCAUUCCGGAAAAACGGCGGUGGUGCAGCAUAGUUGUUUCACGACGGCGAUGACGGCGGGAGUGGUACGGGAAAGAAGCACGACUUGUAAUGAAAAUAGUAUCGCUCGUCUGCUUGCGAGAGAGCAUUCGAUGUUUGCAUGUUCUGCAACGAAUAGGAGACAAUCAGCAUCACCAUGUUACCC